AUGCCUCGUAUCCUUCCACGUCUAAUCAAGAAAUUGGCUGAGAACCCUCCACGUUUGUCUGAACGAUUCCAACACGACAGCUUACGCGCAAAUAAAAUAUCGCUGCGGAGACCUGUACCAACUGCGCCAUCCUUCAAUCCGGAAGACUAUCCAAAGUCCAUCUUGAUCUCAUCGAAAAAUCCAGUUUCCAACUCGGGCGAAUAUAUACACCACAAGUCGUUACCACCUCGUAUAUGCGUAGGAAAACGUGUCAAUACGAAGGAUUCGAAGAAUUAUGGACAUGAUGCUCCAAGAGAGAUGACCGAGGAAGAACGGGGGUGGUGGUCUAGUCCAUAUCUUCGAAUGCUUGCCUCUCCAAUACGGCGUUGUCUUGUGACAGGACAGUAUCUUCCUUCAGACUUUCUGGUCCGUUUGAGCCUCAUGAAGUUGCCAUCCUCGCGGCCAUUACGAUUUCUUCACCCCAACCUUCAAAUUCCCUCAUUACUGGUCCCCGACGGUUUACAACAUCCAAAGUUCCAAGUUAGACGCUCUGGAACGUCUGUGUACAUGUUGUGUUCAAAGGCAGCACUUGUGAAAAUGAAAGAAAGAAGUUUACACCAGCGUUUUGGUACCGAAGUACACGCAUUUCUCGGGGAACAGAUACGGCAUUUACUUCGAUUGAGAGUUCUCCAGGAACUUCAAUUAGUCUACGAACAGCUUAGGUUUCGGCCUAGAAAGAUGGCCAACCAGACGCUUAUACGGAGACUAACGCGAAGCGAAUGGAAGGAGUUGCAGUCCUCCGGGGUCGCCUUGAUUGAAAAUGCCAUUGCGAUUCUCGUUGUCCCGCCGGUUAAUCGUGAUCAUAUCACAAAAGCGAGGCCUGAACCAUCGAUGGCAUCCUCACCGCCGUCUAAUGUAUCAAGCAACCGAACACAGGACGCCACCUCCCGCCCCAUAUCAGUAUUUUAUCCAGCGUCUUCCAACAAUCCUCAACAAUCCUCUAGUGGUCCUAAACCUCUUGCCGCUCACCAAAUUCCACUUUACCAUAGCGGCUCCAUGUUUCCGGAGCCUACACAACGUGCUGCCCUCCAUAAGAUUCUAUCCGAUAUCUUGACUGUGGAGCGUAGAGCACGUUAUGGCACCAACCUCGGUCGAGCCGAAGAAAAACCCAGCCACGCUUUCGCGUUGCUUUCAAACGAGGUAACGAUACAGCAUGCGGACAUAGCUGCUGUUGGCGUCGCGUUAUGGAGAGUGCGUAUGUUUGAAGGGUUAGGGUGCGGGGGAAAGUCUGGCUGGAUGAAACGAACCAAGUAUCGUUCUGUGGUGGAAUUUGAAUAA